UUAAAAAAUUAUUUCUGUAUACAGGAAAAUAAACCACGUCUUAAUCAUCACUAAAGUACUAUACUUACGACACGGAUUCAAUUAUAUAGAGGUAUAGAUAUGUGGAACGAGGAUGAGUGGGAUGAAGAGGAUGAGCAUUUAAUGGAAUAUGUUUCCAUUCGACUUGACUCGCAUAUUGAAAGCGUAUUUAAUCUUCCCAGCGAUCAAGUAGUGAUGUUCCAUAAACCGGUAACUCAAAUAUCACCUAGCAAACUUCAAAAAUUCACAGAUUUAGUAGCCCGGAACUUGAACGAGUUAUAUAUCAAGCAUCAAGGUAAGAAUUGGAAAGUAGAGAAGGUAGAAGAGAUGAAAGAAGUAGGACUAGUCUAUGUUUGGUACGAGAAUAAACUGAACCACGAACUCAUUGGUUUCAUAAGUUUUAAAGUAUGCUUUGAUGAUGGAUUCAAAGUAUUAUAUCUUUAUGAAAUUCAAAUCAAUGAGGAGUAUCAUCAUCAACGGUAUGGACUGAAUUUAAUAGAGAAUCUUCAAAGUUUAGCAAAACAUGUAUCCAGAUCAAUUAUUAAUGAUGACAAUGGUUAUUUUGAUAAUGCUCGUGGAAUUAGUUUAACGGUUUUUCCUGACAACUUAGAAGCUUUAAAUUGGUACUUUAAAAUAGGUUACAACUAUACAUCUCAAUCACCACGAGAUCGGAAGCUAAGGAAUGGGAAGUUGGUAAAGCCCAAAUAUUACGUACUUCAUCGACCUUCAGUAUGAAAUCGGUUACUGAACGAGUGACAUAAUUAUAUACGCGAAUUAAGUAGCUCAAGGUUGCAUUUUAUUAAAAGUUUCCAAAUUUGAUCCAUAUGACAUUGGCGAUCUAAAAAUAAUCCAUUUGGAGAAUGUAGAAUCCUCAUUAGAUACUAGAC